AUUUGUCCAGCUUAAUACAAGAUAAAUUGAUACAAAUCCACCGGUCAUGAUUGUCUUGCGGGCUGCUGUGCUGUCCGCAUUGGUAGUGCUGUCAGUCGCUGCUCCUGCGCACACACCAGCCAAACAUGUACUUCACGAGAAGCGAUCCCGCCCUUCUGCGGACUGGCUUAGGGGCGAGCGCAUUGAGAGCUCGGCAAUCCUACCGAUGCGCAUUGGCUUGUCCCAGUCAGACUUGCACAAGGGGCCCGGUUAUCUCAGGGAGGUAGCGGAUCCUCGCUCCGAGAAAUAUGGUCAAUAUUUCUCCAUGGAUGAAGUUCAUGAUCUCUUUGCUCCUAUCCAGGAACAUGUCGAUGCAAUUAAGGACUGGCUGUACGAGUCUGGUAUUGACAAGUCUCGUGUUGUGCAUUCCGAGAACAAGGGCUGGUUAGCAUUUGAUGCUACGGUCGAGGAAGCCGAACAGCUAUUCCUAACCACGUACUACGAGCACGAACAUAUGCAGAGUGAUCGCGUCCGUGUUGGCUGUGAUGAGUAUCAUCUCCCUGAGCACAUUGCGCCGCACGUUGACUAUAUUACCCCUGGGGUCAAAAUGACCCAGGCUGUUAAGCGCACUGUGAAAAAGGCAAAACGCAACAGCCAGUCUCGUGCUAGUCGUACAUCUAUGAAGACUGCACUCAAGUACGACGUCCCAGAGAACUGGUCUGCGCCGAAGGGAGUCCCUUCGGACCUUGCCCAUUGCGGCUUCAAUAUGACCCCCCCGUGCAUUCGGGCUUUGUAUGAUAUUCCAAUGCUAACGCACAAACCCAACCCAAACAAUGCCCUCGGUCUAUUUGAGCAGGGUGAUUACUUUGCCAAGUCGGAUCUAGACCUCUACUGGAACAACAUCUACGAUGAAGUACCACAGGGCACAUAUCCCACGCCCCAGCUCAUCGACGGUGCCAACUACUCUGUGCCAGCGUACAGCUCAUGGAACAGUGGCGAGUCAAAUAUCGACAUAGAGAUGACAUUGUCCCUGAUAUACCCUCAGGAGGUGGUUUUAUACCAGGUUGAUGACCAGCUGUAUGAACCCGCUGAAGUUGCUACCACCAACCUGUUCAACACUUUCCUUGAUGCUUUGGAUGGAUCCUACUGCACAUACUCGGGCUAUGGUGAAACGGGAGACGACCCAAGCAUUGACCCUGUCUACCCUGAUAACCGUGCAGGAGGCUACACAGGAGAACUCCAGUGCGGUGUUUAUAAGCCUACCAACGUGAUCUCGGCAUCCUACGGUCAGGCUGAAGCCGACCUCCCCAUGAAAUACGUUGAACGUCAGUGUAACGAGUUCUUGAAGCUUGCUAUGCAGGGGGUAACUAUUCUCUUCGCUUCUGGUGAUUACGGUGUCGCCUCCUUCCACGGUGACGGUCCCAACGAAAACGGCUGCCUAGGGCCUAAUGCCAAUGUUUUCAACCCGCAAUACCCAUCCGGCUGCCCUUGGGUGACCUCCGUCGGCGGGGCCAUGAUAUACAAUGACCAAAGUGUCGCCGACCCAGAAAGCGUGAUGCAAGUCAACCUCGGCGGUACAGCGGUUAAUUUCUCCUCGGCUGGUGGCUUUUCAAAUUACUUCACUCGACCUUGGUACCAAGAGUCUGCCGUGGAGGAAUACUUCCGCAUUGGUGACCCCGAGUACCCGUACUAUUCGGGAUUGAAUGUGGAUGUCAAUACUACCACUGGAUUGUACAACCGUAUCGGGCGUGCUUUUCCUGAUGUUGCUGCCAAUGGGGCUUACUUCCCUUCGUUCUUGGAUGGAGCACUGUACCAUUUCUUUGGAUCAAGUUUGGCAGCUCCGUUGUGGGCAUCUGUUAUUACUUUGAUCAAUGAAGAUCGUCUUGCGGCUGGCAAGUCGACUGUUGGAUUCUUAAACCCAGUGCUCUACGCCCACCCAUACGUACUAAACGAUAUCACCAACGGUACUAAUUUGGGCUGUGGCACUGAAGGAUUCUCGGCAGUGAAAGGCUGGGAUCCGGCUACUGGGCUGGGCACGCCUAACUUUCGGAAGUUGAAGGAAUUGUUCAUGCACCACAUUCCUUAGGUUUUCUGGAAAUGUGUAAUAUAAUUUUCGGUGGCCAAUUUUGCCAUGAUUUGACUGUCAAAGAGUAGGGCCAAGGUUGCGGGUAUUUUGCGCAAAGUAUUAUAAGGCAGCGUGUUUCGUAUGAUAUCAAUCUGGUGCUCCUCAGUUCACAGACGGAAAUUUAGAAUACUGCCCAUGAUUUUAC